AUGCAUGACUAUAAAGACCUUGAUGAAGUGUAUAAUAAUAUUAUCUGUGAAAUGGAGGAACUUAUAGAAAAAUUUGAAACAAAUCUUAAGUUCAUCACUAAUGAAAGGGAUCAACUGGAAAACAAGCUUGCAGAUGGGGAUAAAAAUUUCCAAGAAACCAGGAAUAUAAUUCUACAAACUGAGAAGGAUAUGAAAGAGGCUAUUUCAAACCAUGCUAGUAACCUCUUGCAAGAUCUAGAUGCGAAAUGGAAACUGUCUGAAAAUAUGAUCAAAAUUGAACUGUCUGCCUUAAAACAGAAUGUAGAUGAGUUGGAAAUCAGGAAGAACAAUUUAUGCCAAGCGCUGCAAACUCACCAGGUGACAGAACUUUUCUCCACAACUCAAACUUUAGAUAAGUCAGUACCAAUAUAUUUAGUUAAACAAUUCAAACAGUGUAAAACAAAGUUCAUUCCUAACAGUAGGCAAGUGAAAAUGGGAAGUAACAUUCUUGGUGACCUUUAUUCAGUUCCAGACUUUGAAGUUAUAAAACACUACCAAAGUAAAAAUAAAAGCGUGACAAAUAUUACUUUUUGUGAAGAUGAUACUGCAUUCAUAGCCAGUUUUGCUAGCAGUAAACUACAAAAAGUCAAAUUUGACAAUGACCGCAUCAAAGUAGAGACAGACAUUAAGAUAAUAGUGAAUGAUAUGGAAAAGACCCAAGAUGGUGAACUACUUGUGUCAUAUGGGGAAGGUGAUAUACUACUUUAUACCAAAGAUGGAACAUUAAAGACUUUUAUGACAUUUACUCCCUUAAGAACUUUAGGUAUACAUUUAACAAAAAAUGGUAAGAUAAUAGUAGGAUUGUCAGAUUCCCUAGAAGUGAUUGCUACAGAAACUAGCAUCAGAAGACUUGUAGUCAUGAACCUAAAUGGUGAUAUACAAUAUACUAUUGAAUACGACAAAGAUAACCAGAGACUGUUAUCAUGUCCUUAUAAAAUCAAAACUUUAAAUGAUAAGAUAGUAGUUGUGGAACUUUCAAAUAUUAAGAAAGCCGGCAAAGUCAUAAUGUUGGAUUAUUGUGGACUACUCCAUUGGACCUACAAUGGUUGUACAAGAAUUAAUUCUGAUCAGGAUAAAUUUAAUCCAAGAGAUUUGGCAAUAACUUCUUCCGAUAUGAUUUUAGUUUCUGAUUAUAUGAAUCAUGCUAUACAUGUAAUAAAUCAGACAGGGGAGAUUAUUGUAUGCAAGGAUGUAAGAAGCUUGGGAAUAGAAUAUCCCAUAAGUCUUCACAUUGACAAACAUGAAGUUUUAUGGAUUGGGGAAGUGUCAAAAAAGGAAACUAUGAAAGCCGAGAUAAGCUGUGUUAGAUUAUCGUAA